GGGGAGAAGGGAUCGUCAGCUAUAAUAAAUGUCGAGACGGCAGUUCUCACCUUCGCCAUGGUCGGCGAGACGACUGGCCUCCUUGCUGAUCCUUUUCGGUUGGCAUGCUGCCCAUGAGGCGUUUGUCCCAUAUUGUCAGAGGGUGAGACGAUGCGUUCCACUUUCUCGCACUGCUGUUGGUCAAAAUGGGUGGAAAGCUACAACACAAGAGGAACAGAAGAGAAGGAUCUUGGAUUGUUUGUCAAAGUCCCAAGGUGAAUGGAUGUCCACACUGAGUAUAGCAAAAGCUGUGGUGGGAGGCAGUGGCAUUAAGAAGGAUGUGAACAAGCUUCUUUACCAGCUGUGCAAAGCAGGUCAGAUUGUCCAGACGAGCAUUGAAGGAGACACAAAUUGGCAUUGGAUGCUAAAAGCAACAGAGAACGCCAGGGACACCAGCGUUCCACUUUCUCGCACUGCUGUUGGUCAAAAUGGGUGGAAAGCUACAACGCGAGAGGAACAGAAGAGAAGGAUCUUGGAUUGUCUAUCAAAGUCCCAAGGUGAAUGCAUGUCCACACUAAGUAUAGCAAAAGCUGUGGUGGGAGACAGUGGCAUUAAGAAGGAUGUGAACCCGCUUCUUUACCAGCUGGUCAAAGAAGGUCAGAUUGUCCAGACGAGAAUUGAAGGAGACACAAAUUGGCAUUGGAUGCUAAAAGCAACAGAGAACGCCAGGGACACCAGCACCUCGACAGCAGAUGAAAGCGUGGCUGGACCUAGCCCCUUUUCUCCCGGAACCAGUACCGUACGACUGUGUCCUACUUCAACUUCAACACUUGAUGAUCUUGGUCGUGCAGCGAGUGAUCGAGAAUUUUUUCGUUCGUUGGCCAAGUCUUUGGAACCCAAGUAUGCAUCAGAUGUUGAGAGGAUGAUCAACUCAACUCUUGUGACGGUACGCGAGACGGCUGACCAAUACCUGGGAAAUGGAAGCACCAUGGCUACUGUCAACAUGAUCGGUUCUCGCAACUAUGGCACUGACAUAAAUGGCAGUGAUAUUGACUAUGUGCUGAACGUUUCAGGUGUGUCAAUCCUUAAGGAAUCGUGGAGAAAGUUUGCAACUGUUCUCAACGAAUCCAUAACCCUGAGAGGUUGUGUGAUCAAUGGAAGCAAAGAUAUUUCCAUUCGCUUGAAAGAAGGUCCACUGCUCCAAUUUGUGCCGAGGCAUGGGGAUUUUGAGUAUGAAAAAGUGCCUUACUCAAAUCUCAUAGCAGGGAAGAAGAAUGGAUGCAUUCGUGACGAGGUGGAGGAGAAACUGAAAACCUUCUUUGAAAACUAUCCAGGAGCCAGGAAUGCUGCCCGAGUGUUGAAGAGUUCUCUCAUUAGUUGUGUCCAGGAUCUGCCUAAGCAGCCUUGGUCCCUGAUACUGACGCACAUGCUUUUUCGAGAAGCCGGACACUGCAACCACAUCACUGACGUGGACGGUCAUGACUUGUUUCGUCAGAUGCUGAAAGAUCUUGCAUGGUGGAAAUAUCCCACGCGAGACUCCUCGGUACGGAUGGUUGGAACAUGGGCCAAGAAUGGUGACUCGAAAGGAGUCCAAGACACAGUUUUGGAAGCUUUGAACAGAUGGAGCGACAUUUGCUCUAAAGUCCGGGAGAGCCUAGAGCCUCCAUGAGUCGAGAAAAGGAAUUGGGCCCCAGCAGCCAAAGCAGGUUCAAGUGAGGGGUGGAGUUGACUAUGUGAAGACAAACUUGAGGCCCGUGUUUUCCAAGUAUCAGUGAGCUCAACAUCCGGACGUGUACUGAACACUGUUCCAACUGAUCCAGGGGAUUUCGUACGUUUUGCCUCACUGAUUUGGUCUCCUUUCUUCUCCUUUGCACUCGAAAGGAAGGCCUGUAUGAGCAAGCACCAACACGUGCAAUUACUAUCGUGAAUCUCAGGAAUUGAGCUGAAACCUGCAAACGCAAUAGGCCCCACUCAAAAAGAG